AUGGCACUGAAGUUCCCAGAUUCGGGCUCUGCCGAAUCCGUUAGCCGCAGCCUUCCUGGCAUCGGAUCUGAGGAGCCCAUCCCUGGCAAGCUCAUUGGUAAUGAACUAGACCAGAUCGAUUCGGACAGAUUAGAUUUCUCCGGUCUUCCUCAGCCUGGGCCGAGGUCGUCCGUUGCGACAAAUGCUUCACAACCGUUCGAGAAAGAUACGGUACGAUGA